AGGCAGUUUAGUUUUUUAGUCUAAGUUAAUAAAGCAAAACAUUUAAAAUAGUUCCCCCAGAAGCAUUUCUGUGGGGCGUGAAGCUGCUUUUUAAAUUAGCUUCACAGUGUUGAAUUUAUUUCCUUCUCUGGAUCUCCACUGGGACAAUGGGUCCUGCCUGUAAAAAAAUUCAUUUGUUCCUAUAUUUGAUGGCCUGGUUGGUGAAUUUUGUUUUUUCAGAUUAUGCAUUUGGACAGAUGUCUGGCUGUUGUACUUACACUGAUAGUGAACAAACUACGUUUGAGUAUGAGAUAAGAUACACAUACAACAAAAAUUUACUUAUGCAGUACAACAGCACACAAGGCAACUGGAAAGGCUUUACAGAGUUUGGUGUUGAUAGGGCUAGAAUGUAUAAUGUCGAUCCUGAAGACGCCAAACUAAGGAAAAUCGAGCAGAUGAUUUUGUGUUCAGAAGGCGUAAAGUUGGCUAAAGACAUCAAAAGCAUGUAUGCUGCCCCAAGCCUCAAACUGUCUACAGUGAAGCAGUCCAGUCACACAGAGCCUGCAUUGCUCUUGUGCAGUGCUUAUAACUUCUAUCCACAGGAGAUUCAGAUGACAUGGUUACUCAAUGGACAAGAGGUGACCUCAGCUGUGACCUCCACUGAUAUCUUGUAUAAUGGAAACCUGUAUUACCAGAUUCACUCUUACCUGGAGCACAGGCCCAAGCCCGGAGAGGAAUUCUCUUGCAUGGUAGAGCAUGUGACCCUGCGAGAUCCACUGUUGAAGAUCUGGGAGCUCCACCCGCCCCUUCCUUGGUCAGAAAGAGUCAAAAUCGCUGUUGGAACAUUUUUUCUUGCUGUUGGUUUAACAGCACUGAUUACAGGAUUUAUCAAACAUAAGAAGGUCACAGCUGUGCUUUGCACAGUAAUGCAAGGACACAGGUUGGAACCAGUUGUGCAUGAAGAAGAAAGAAGAAAUUUAAACUAAACAAAGAAAAGAGUUAAACUCUACUUUGUAACAAUAACGGAGAUAAUCUGAGAGGUUUUACUACAUAAGCAACAAAGUCCUUGUGAGAGAAUCACAUUUGAUUUGUGUAAUAGUUGUGUAAUAACAAAUGCAUUUUAUAAACAUCACAAUAAACAUC